GCCUCCUAUAGCGUCACACAUCAUGACGUAGAAGGAAAAACUUGCAGUGGGAAAGACGUCUCUCCUUUUGACGUUCCAGUGCUCUAGUACAUUUAUUGUAUCGGUAACGGGAGUGACUAGUAUGGGACCGAUUGGACAUCUUUGUACUAAGGUGCAACAAAAUACAGCUUGCUUUCUUACGUAACAGCAGUAACGGUUUAAAGUAUUUUGCUACUUGUACUAGUGAGUGUAAGUAAUUAAAGUAUGGAGUUCCCGGAAGAGGUAUUAGCGCACAUUUUUUCCUACCUGUCGCUGUGGGACAGAUACAGCUCCUCUCUGGUCUGUAGGGCAUGGGCCGAAACAAUGACACACCCUUCUGUGUGGUACUACACCGAAGUGAGAUGCGAGUCUGGAGCGGAAAACUGUGGCCUCCAGCGUUUCUGCCAGUUGCUGAACAUGGUCAAGCACCUCAAAAUCAUUGUGUGUCAGCUGAAGGAGGUGGCGAGCCGCGACAUGGCUGUUCGAGUGCUGAACCUAGCUGCUGACGGAGACAACCGCCUGAGGAAGCUCUGCAUCUCCUGCACGGGGGACUUCCCUCUCUUCUAUUCCGGCGAGGACAUCUUGAGGAGCAUCGAGGCCGUGCUGCUGAACGAGACCAGUGGUCUGUCGCUCCGGGAGGUGGACUUCAGGGAGAUGCCUUUUACGCUCAGCGAUCAGCUGAUCAGAAAUGUGGCCCAUCGGAGUCCAGAAUUGCGGAAGCUCUACAUUAAUAACCAGACCCUGGUCUGCAAUGUGGCCUCUGACACAAUUCAGGAGGUGCUGGCAUCCUGUCCGCAGCUCAGCGUCCUGGGGGUGUUCUACGCCAGCCUGUCAGAGAAAGUUCUUAGUGAACUCCUCUCACCUCAAAGAGCCCCGUUCCAGUUGCUGGAGUUGUUCUGCGAGCGCUCCGACAAGUACGUGCCAUGCAUCUCCAACGAGUUCUGGGGGGGCCUGCGGAAGAGGCACCCAUCCCUUGCUGUCAACAUCAUCCUCAACCACACCCUGCCAGCCAGGAAGUUCCUAAAGAUUCUGCAGCCGGACAUGCCUGUGCGUGAACUGGAGCUUAUCACCUACACGUACCUGGUGGGCGAGAUCCAGUUCGUUACCACCAACUACGGACCUUCGCUGGAAAAGCUGGUGCUGCAGACGACCUCUUCUGCAGAGCUGGACUCAGCACUGGUAGACCUAGCUACAUGCUGCCCCCGUUUGAGGGAGAUCCACUGCUAUUGUGUGGUGUCUCUGCCUGUGGUCCAGGCUUUUCUCUCCAGGUGCCCACUCUUGUGGAGGUACACUCUGAAGACCCGAAAGGAACCCCAUCCAUGGACGUGCACUGUGCUAAAGUGAGGCGGAGGGCAGAUAGACUGACUGUAAAGAUGGAAAAGUAUGGUUUUCCUGGAAAAAUCCAGUCUCACAAAAAAACACAUAAAAUAUCAUUUGAUAUAAUUCAGCAAAAAAGCCCUGAGAUAAAAAUAUCAUAAAGUUUAAAGCAACCAUUGUAAUUUCUCGCAGAGCUUACUGUACAAGUACAAAGGGAAUGUGCAAACAUGGCAGCCAGGAAAAUAGGCUAAUUUCCAAUGCAUUUAAAAGUUCAGUUACAUUUGAUAAGCAGAGGGACAACAGCAGCAGACCUGCACUUGCUCAUCACCAUUAAACUUGCCCAGAGAGGAGGCUUCUAGGUCAUAGGCCAGGCCUGAGACUCACCUCAUUACUGGGGCUACUGCAACAUCACCAUAAAUGAAAAUCAACUAUUAACACACUUAAAAUUAUAAAUGGAAUGAAUCUACACUGGGAAACACAUUAAGACUUUUCCUAAAAAAUGUCAACUAAAUUGCAACUUGCUCUAAAACAUCUUCUUGAACAUUAUGUAUGGUUAAAAAGAUGAAAGAAUAUCUGAUCCAGUAAAUUUUUACAUCCCAGUAGGAAGGAAAGAGGGCACUCACAGUGAAAAUAGUCUGAAACAGGACCUUCUGUGUCAGAAUGCGUUCAUUCACAUUAAAAGAAUAAAAGUGUGCCUCAGAUGUUUUUAAAAAAAUCAAAAAAUUUAAAACUUGAUUAGUCUUUUUAUUGUAAUAAAACUGUUAAACGUAUGAACAACUUUUAACUUCGUGUGUCACGCAUACAAGAAAUGUAAUAAUGCAACUUCAUAAGCAGAAUUUCCACUGAUUGCACUGAGGUUAUUGCAGUUUCACUCGUUCACAAAUGCAUUUUAUUACUCAUAAUUUGAGCAGCUGUACCUUGGAAGCUGAUGAUUACCAAGGGCAAUAAACGUGUGGUUUUGAAAUUUCUUUAAAGAAAACAUAGGGAUGGUGUUGGAAUGACUUGACUUUUCAAGGGAAUAAAAAGGAGUGCUCACAAGUACAACUUGCGGUGGCUUUGUCUUUUAUCCUGAGGUUGUUCAGGUGAGAGCAGACCCCAAAGAAUCUUCUUCCUUCAAGACAGGCAUAUGGACCAGCUAACUCGAACCCUGAUUUCUCCAAAAUACGAGAGGCCUAAUAGAAAAUGCUGUUGCUCAACACUCCUUGGAGUUUAUCCUGAAUUCCAUUUGCAGUAGACAGUUAUACUACUGUUGUUAUUUUCCUUCAAUUGUAUAUGAAUUAUA